CCUGAAUUUUUGCACUCUAAAAAGCACGCACACGCUUUCUGAUAGUCAUACCAUGGGCUCUGCUCUCUCAGGGGGACUGUAUCCAAGAUGCUGUGCUACGGCAGACGACAGCGACAGCCGCGAAUACGAGCCGCUGCUGGCUGUAAAAGAGCGACAGGCAAUUGGGUCUCUGAUGCAAAUUCUCGAAAGCAACCCAAAUGCGUGCCUUUACGAAGGUGAGCCGCAGCUGGCACUGUCGACGCUGGCAUACUCUGACGCGCACUCUCUCCAGUACACCGCUGCCACGGCCCUAAGCGAAGUCUCCGAGUUUGAUGUGCGCGCUGUUGACGCUGAAAUCAUCAAGAUGUUGCUCUACAUGCUAAACUCAGCAUAUGACGAUGUGCAGCACAGCGCGUCGUCGGCGCUGGGCAAUCUGUCGGUGGAGCUAGCCAACCAGCAUUUAAUUGUCAAGCACAGCGGGCUCGACGCGUUGGUACGCCAGAUGUUUUCGCCCAGCGUCGGUUCGCAGAUCAAUGCUGUUGGAUGCAUUACAAACUUGGCCAUGGCCGAGGAGAACAAGGGGCGUAUCAUUGCUAGCGGUGCGUUGGUGCCGCUGACACGGCUUGCACGGUCCCAAGACACGCAGGUACGCCGCAACGCUACCGGCGCACUGCUCAACAUGUCGCACGCAGCACACCACCGGCGCGAACUGGCGAAUACCGGCGCUGUUCCUGUGCUGAUGGAGCUACUGGAUGUAAGCGAUCAAGAUACCCAGUACUAUGCGGCGGCAGCGCUGAGCAAUAUCGCCGUCGACGCUGAGGGCCGACAGUGGCUGGCACCCGACAGUGACAUGCUGGUUGACUCGCUCGUUAUACUGGCUAAUGCGGUUGAGAACACAGACGUGCAGGCACAGGCCAUGAUGACGCUGCGUAAUUUGGCGUCAGAUGGAGAGUUCCAGCUCAAGAUCGUCCAGCGCGGUGGGCUGGUGCCGGUUGGCCAGCUCUUGCAAUCUACAAGCAACGGGUUGGUGUCUGCGGCCGCUGCAUGCCUACGCAACCUGUCCAUCCACUCUGACAACGAGACGCCGAUUGUAGAGACUGGGCUUAUUUCAAACGUCGCCAGCCUUGUGCCACAGGCCGAGGAUCCCGAGAUCCAGCGCCAUGCAACGUGCUUAAUUGAGGCAGGUAUGAUGGAGAGCUUCCAGGUAGCCCUUGCAAACCGGCAGACGCAGAGCGCUGUCGUAGCCGAGAUGCUAGCAGCCAUCAACGUGUUUGCCAUUAGCGACCAGCUGUGGCCGUUUGUGCUGGCUGGCAACAUGCUUGAGAUCCUGAUCCCCAUGACGCGCUCGCGCCACGCACAGAUCCAGAUCAAACGCUUCAAGGGCACAGGUGUGGCAGCACCGUUUAUCCAGGCAUGGAGGGCCCCGCGCGGCGGCCUGCAGGGAUAUCUAGCCGAGGCUCUCGUCCUGCCCGUAUAUGCCAAUAUGCAGUCAAUUGCGGUGUGGACUGUGCGGGCACUGUUGGCCAGCGGAUCGAAGGACCUGGUCCGGCUCAUCAGAGAAGACUCAGCCAUUGUCAGCGCCAUUGAGGAUCUGGCCAAGCAGCGGCCACCACACGCCUCAUAUACCUCAACAGCAGCACCGUCCUCGGCAUCGUCGUUUAUCACCGUUCCCACGACGCCUGUGGCAAACAGCCAUGGCAAGGGGGCUGACUACGAAGGAGAUGUGCUCGGCGACAGCGACCAAUCGACUGUCGGUGGCGAGCCGCCUGCAGCCGAGGCAGAUCGGAUCUGGCUGAUGGCGAGCAAGGUUGCCGCAGCCCUCCGCGACGGGGCCGGCGUCGCGCAGUAA